CGCGUGGACUGCGAGCAUCUCUGCGUUACUCUGACCCGCGAGCCUCGCGAGUGAACGAGAGUGUGGGCGCUCCUCACUCAUAUCUCAUCUUUUUGGGAUUUUUAGUGAAAUAAAACUUUCCUGUCCCCAGAAAAAUCCCUGAUAUUUUCUAUAACAAGUGGGAUAGUUGUGAGACACAGUCGCCAAAUUAAGGUGUUUCCUGGAUGCCGUGGGCGUGUUCCAUAUUGUUGCUGCAGCGUGGAAUUUUAUUGAAAUAUGAAGAAACAAGCUCUCUUCUUUAGUGGAUAAAGUCUCUUUUCACUUUAGAUUCGAUAGACGAUAUGACAAGGGAGACGGGGCUGCCCGAGUGAGCCUGUGGACCCUGGCGCCGCGAUGCGCCGCCCCCAGACCCAGACGCCCCUGACUCAGCCCGUGGCUCAGGCGGUGACCUCCCGUAGGCUCAUGCUCGUCUCAGUGCUCAUGUCGCAAGUGACGUAGUGGCGUAAGGAUUCUCGCCAAUUAAUGCGAACUCACGACCGCAGAUCACUCGAUCGAUUCUCCUAGUCAUUUGAUGCGUUCUGUUCUCAGUGUGUUUGUUGUCUCGUUAGACACACUUCCUCUCCAGUAGUACGGCGAUAGUCUAGCAGAGUUAACCGUAUUUUUAUACUAUUUCAUCCCGAGAUAGCUGUACUUGAUGCUUUUUAAACAUUCCUGUCUCUUCGGUUCAUAAUACUGCACUCCUCUCGUAGUUCUCUGUAUCGACCGCGAAUUUAUCGCGUCUUACCACAAAUCAAUCGGCUGUGAUAGAUCCACAAACUUAUAAUUAGAUCAUACGCGGACGGCGUCGGAGACUUGAAAAUCAGCAACAACCUCACUUAUGAUUUCUUCGCUGGUAGCAGGUCCAGAAAACAAUACCACUUAUCCGUACUUCUUCACCAACAGCAGUGUCGGGCCGGUCACCACCCCCUCGAACGCCACCAAUGGCUCCGACUUCGAGAGCCCCGUCUUCCCCGCGUACAUUCGCACUACUUCCAUCAUUUUCUGUGUCAUCAUCCUCGGCAUCGGCGUGAUCGGCAACGUGAUGGUGCCCCUGGUCAUCCUGAAGUCCAAGGACAUGCGUAACUCCACCAACAUCUUCCUCAUGAACCUGAGCAUCGCUGAUCUCAUGGUCCUCCUCGUCUGCACACCCACCGUCCUUGUCGAGGUCAACUCCAAGCCGGAGACCUGGGUUUUGGGAAAGGAGAUGUGCAAGGCAGUGCCAUUUGUAGAGCUGACCGUAGCCCACGCUAGUGUCCUUACGAUAUUAGCCAUCAGUUUCGAGCGAUACUACGCCAUUUGUGAGCCUCUAAAGGCUGGCUACGUUUGUACCAAAGCACGAGCCAUGGUCAUCUGUUUACUAGCUUGGGCUCUCGCAGCACUAUUUACAAGCCCCAUCACCGUGAUCACGAACUACAACAGUACGGCCGAGUACAGGGACGGCUCGCUGGUCCCCGUCUGUCUCACGCACGCCCUCACCUUCUGGCCGAUCGUCUUCUUCCUCAUGAUCAUCUCCUUGUUCUUCCUGCUGCCGCUGGUCGUGUUGAUCAUUCUGUACACCGUGAUAGCGCGGCACCUCAUGGCCGACCCACAGACUUGCUCCACCAGCGACUCCUGCAACAAGCGCGCUCGCCGUCAGGUCGUAAUGAUGCUCGGCACGGUCGUACUCUCCUUCUUCCUUUGCCUGCUCCCCUUCCGCGUCCUCACCCUCUGGGUUGUCAUCCUCCCCAACAGCAUCCAGAGCAUGGAGCGCUACUACAUCUUUCUCUACUUUUCCCGCAUCAUGCAGUACACCAACUCCGCCGUAAACCCCAUCCUCUACAACCUCAUGUCCUCCAAGUUCCGCCACGGAUUCCAGAGUCUGUGCGGCUGCGGAAGGAGGGCCCGGCGGGACCUACUCCUCCGACACGCCAUGACUCUCACCACCACCCUCUCCCAGUCCUCCACUCGCACCCACCACUACCGCGCCUCUCCCGAUCUCUCCUGGAGAUCCUCCUCUAUCGACUCCAGAGGACCCAUAUGUAGCACUAAUGGCUCCUUUAGGAAAAACGUCAUAAUGAGAUCGUCCCUUCUGAAGAGAGACUCUGACCUCCAGGCCAAGAUCGACAACAGUGUGCCAGAAAGUUAUGUGUAGGUGUGGACGUUCGCCAGAUUUCCAGACAGGCCUAUUUGUGUAGUAGUAUGUGAUAGUGACUUGACAUUCCUCUGUGUAAAUAUGCUCCUUUCAAUCAGUUGUUUUAUGUGUGUGUUAUCUUACAGAAGUACGAAUUAACUUGCCAAUACGUAUUUUAAAGCUUGUUUAGAGGAUAUAGCUGUACAGAACAAAACAACUGUUAAAUAUCACAAAUAAAAAUUAAUCGAUUCAAAUAAAAAAAUUGGAGGUAAGAAUAAAUAAGCUACGACUAUUAAUAUCCUUUAUAUCUUUUCGUUUAUUCCAAACAUUUAAAUAACUUUUAAAAAUUAGAAGCAAGUAAGAGAGUGAAUAAUUGUCAGUGGUAAAAUGUAUUAAAAUAUUAUUACUUCCAAAUUAAAAAGAGUCGUUUACUCAGUAUGAGAUUAUAUGCAGGUCCGUAUCAAUUCGUAAAUUGUUUCGUCCUACAAAACGUAUACGAUUAAUGUUCGAUUUAAAACGUGAAUAAAAUAUAAGUAUGCCAAUCAAAAUUUAAUAUUUAUAAAUAAAAUACUUUAAAUAGAAAAUAUAUGACUCAUUUCAAUUGUAAUAUAAAAAGCGGCUAUUUUUACUAAGUUCGUAAACAGGCAGAUGUAUUUAAACAAUUGAUAUGUAACAGCUUAACUUAUAUAUGUGAGUAAAUGUGUAUUAAUUAUAUUUUUAGAUAGUUUAAGUGAUAUGUGAGCAUUGUGUCUAUAUUAAUACUUGAGAAUAAGUAUAUCCUGUUAGUAAGUUGUUGAGGUAACUCACCUAUUCCUGCGCAUUUAUCAUGUGGUUGGGUAAUAAUAAUUUGUCUAGAGUAAAAUUAUAGCAAACUAAUUAUAUAGUAUUUAUUUUAGAUCAGUAUUUUAAUUGCAAGACUGUUUAGAAUAAUAAUUAUAUGUUGUAAGGAUGUCACCGCACCAUAAGGAGCUAAGCCUUACAUAAGUUAAAUGGUAUUUUGAAGACAAUAAUGUCAGCCACCGCAGUUUAGAAUUAGUUCGUAAAUGUUUUUGUAAAAUAAUUAGAUUCAACCAGAGUUUCUUAUUAUUAAAGGUUUUAAACGCUCUUUGUGUUAAAGAAAAAUAUAUUUGUGGUUUUCUAAAGGAAUCUUUUUUAGGCACAGGAGCAUGAUUUAGCAAAGAUAGUGUAUUUAAAACAAAGGAUGCUUUAAAAUCAGUCGUAGAAACUUUCAGGAUAGUUGCUUGUCUUUUAAGACCGAUUGAUUCGGUAUACAAUUUUUCUUACUGACAUCUAAAUUUUUGGAACAGUGUUAAAAAAUGUUGCUUCCAGUUUUAAAAUUAUAGUAGUUUCAAAUCUGAUAUCCAAUUUCAUAAAUAUCUACAUGAUAAUCAAAAGUCAAAAAGAUUGGUACCUUAUAUGUAAAGACUGUAUUGUAUAAAUAGACGUAUUUAUUCACUUGAGUGCAUAGGAGCGACACAAAUGCAUUUUCUAUACUUUUAUCUGGUUUUUUCGAACACUUAAUUUUUAUUAACAGUUAUUCCCUUGUUACAGCCUUCUUGAAUUUUGCCAUUAAUUAUUUAAAAGAAUCAUUAUGUUUCAUACGAUUUAAUCUAAUAAUAAUUUCAAACCGACCCAGUUCCUAAAUCCAUGUAUGACGGGUAAUCUAAAAUGGAAAGCCCACUCAGUCAGCAGGUGAAGAUUGAUUGUAGACUAAUAGACAUACUUAGUCUAUUUUUAGUUUUUUUCGCAUGAUGGAACCAUAUUAAAACGUACAAAAAUGUCAUAAAUACACGUAAUAUUUUUAAUUUUUUGUAUAAAUAUUUCGCACGCUAUUGAAUGUCCCUCAUUGUCAAUAGAAAGUAGGUAAAAUGCUGAUCAACUGUUUUGAACUUCGUUGGAGUUCAGAUGACGAAGGACGAUGACGAUAAUCUCUAUAGGGCAAAGGCUUGAAGAAAACAUAUUUCAUUUUAACUUAUGAAUACAUAUUUUCAAAAAUAACACAUUUAUUUGUAGUUAUGUAUUAUACUUAUAUUAUAAUGUGCAUAUAAGGCAUUGUGCUAUAUAGUUUUUCGGUAAAAUGCUAUGAAGUCAGGCACAGUUAUUGAAAAGGCAACCCGAAAUUUCAACUGUUAAUUUUCUCAGAUUAAGCUAUUUAAUAAAUGAAAUUAAUUAAUUUUUGGUGUGUAAAACUACGCAAAUCAACGUGAAAGUUGUAUUUACAAUAAUUUAAAAUAUAAUUAAACACCUACAUUUUUAUAUUAGUACAAGCACAAACCUUAUAACUUAUUAUGAUAUUUGAAUAUUUUUUUAAAUUAAUUAAAUAAAAAUUAAAAAUAUAAAUUGAAAUGUUAAUUUUCUUAUUUUAAGCUAUUUAAAAUAUUAAAUUAAUUAAUGUUUUGGUGUUUAAAACUAUACAAAUCAAUACACAACUAGUAUUUCCAAUAAUGUAAGAUAUAAUUGAACACCUACAUAUUUAUAUUAGUAUACGCAUAAGCCGAAUAAUUGUGUAUGGUAUUUAAAUAUUUGAUGUUAAAUUGAUGCCUCACUUGCCAAUAAAUUAGUAUAGGUUUUGAUAUACAUGAUCAGUAGCAUACAACGGGGUUAAACAGGCAUGCGAAUAUUAGCUAUCUUCUAUGUUAAAAGUUUAUUUUGGCAAUAGAGCAUUAAUUUUGUAAGAAGGUUGUAUAAUGCAUGUCCAAACAUAAGAUUUUACGUAUAUAUAUACGUAAAAUACGUACGAUAAGUUACAAUACCUGCAAUCCUGUAUCUUAUUAGUAGGAAUUAUUUAUUUGUUCUACUUAACUUUAUUUGUUGGUAUAUUAACUGAACUCUAGCAACAUUUACUAUUUUUUUUAAUUUGUAAUAUUUAGGAUUUUAAUAAACAAACUCUUCAAUGACGUACAAGGAUUUGUCUAAAUUUAAAUUUUCCUGAUUUUUAUAACAUAUUACAAGUAUUAGAUGUGUUUUCUAGUGUUUGUAAAAAUUUAAAUAAAAUAACAUUUUCCAUGUUGUAACUAAACAAAUUUAAUAUUGACGAAUAUAUAGUGUAUAAUAUAAAAAUAUAAAUAUUGUUGUUGUUUGCUAUAAAUUAUAUGGCCUAAUAAUAUUAAUUUUUAAAUACUAAUGAUAGUGCAUUUUAAAUGUGUAUAUGGAACUUUUAUUGAAUAUAUCUCUGUAAUGUCCUCGGGCUUCCCGUUUUAAAUACAUUCUUAAAUUAUGAAUAAAAUAUGGUUGUUGAAUAAGUAUAAAUGGUUGGAGAAACAAAACCAAAGAAAAAGUUUAGAUGAGUACUUAGCAGUGUAAGCAGUUUGCAGUUAAGUCCUAUUGUAUUUUAUUGUAAUUUUAAAAUAAAUACUAGUCUAUUU